GAAACCAACCAUGGAAGCCUUCACGGAAGCAAUCAUCACGCAAAUCACCGCGCUGCUUGACCAGCGCAUCGGCACCUUGGAGAAGAGUAUUGACGAGCGCAUCGGCAUCUUGGAGAAGAGUAUUGACAAGCGCAUCGGCGCCAUCGACAAUAAGCUUGAGCGCUUAAUGUGUCUGCAUGCAAACUCGCAGCUCGGACGAGCUGAACCGAUUCGUCUCGUACCCAACAAGGAAGGCCAAUUGCCUGACGGGACGAUCACGGUCGACAUUAAGCCGAAGCUCAGAUCGACGAUCAAUUCCGCUGAAGCUAGCGACGAGAAGCCAGGCUACGUCAAGAUGCCUGUCACCAUUCCCCCAACCGUGGAAUCGCUAUUGGUUGCCGGCAAUGAACGGCUUGCCGUCGAGCAGCCCGAGGGCGGUCGUGGGCGCAUUGCCAACACUUGGAACAAGGACAAGUCGCAGGCAUUGUUGAAGUUCUAUGGCGAGGUGGACGAAGAAAGCGAGGACGAGAAUGAUCCUGAGAACGACUACACAGUCACCUCGCGCUCGCGACGUAUCAGGGUGGCUCGUGCGCUAGGAAUCACCCAGACUCAACUCAACCUUUGCCAAUUGAGCCUUUGAAACUGGGCAUUCGUUGCAGGAUGUGCUCUUCGUGAUGCGCACCUCCUCUACGAGGCAGGGUAAUCCUUUCAUGCUCAAAAACCACGAAAAGGAGGAACAGACGGACGUUCACAUUCAAAGGUGAGGAUUGCAAACUGGUGUGCAAGUGUCUCAUUGAGGAGAUGCGCAUCAAGGGGGAACAGACGGUAGUUCACAUUCGAAGGUGAGGACUGCAAACUUGUGCCAUCGAGGCUUUUCCACUCUCCAAUAAACGUCAUUCAAAAUUCA